AUAAUAUAAACAUUCCGUUUGUAUUCGUGAUCGAGUUUCGUGUUGUGUUCGAACGAAUUAAUACGCAGUUCGUUUUCGCCAUUCGUCUUUGUAACAUGUCUGUCUCACGCUACACUGAGACAGCUCACAGACAGUAUUUCCAAAUUUUUAUUCAAUCGUAGUUGAAAUUUUGCGUUAUAUGUGAUAUAUGUGAAUCGCGACGCGUAUCGUGCAACAAGAUUUCGAUGCAACGUGUUUCUAACCUUAUCGUUUUUUCGUGUGACGCGACAAUGUCGUUUAACGGUAGUGUACUUAUUCCUUUUUUCCGGUCUCAAAGGUGUGUUAGAAUCGAUGGUGUUAUAGAGGGCGUUGCUGUAACAAGCUUACUUUCCCGCGAAUUCUCCGGCAUCAAACGAUAAGAAUAUUACGCAGUUUAUCGCGAGAACGUCUCUCGGCUUUGUUUUACGACGGCCAUUAACCCAUUUACGUCCAGCUAGAAUUGUCGUACAGAACGUUAUGAACGGUGUUUCGCCAGGCGACUCUUAAUCCUUAAAGGGAAUGGAACGGUGACAAAUUUGAGAGGCUGGUCGCGACGUAAAUGUAUUAAAGAAACCGUUUUGUCCGUUGAACGGAAACGUAAUUGUUUUACGUGCCGCGUGACCAUUCGUUUCGUAACCAUGACGAGGAUAACUAGAUGUGAAAGCACAGGGAAUGUCAGUGAUUAUUCGCAAGCUUCGUGAUCGCGAACGCAAGUUUUUUGGCUUCAUCCACUGAUAAUGUUACGCCAUGCCCUAGUAACACUAUACAUUGAUGACUGAUUGACGACGACUCUUGGCAUCGAUUGUCUUUCUUUGUGUACCCUCUUUAUCGCGGAAACAGUGGCGUUUGUGUGUAGGUAGAUAUGACUAUUUGAAAUUCUAUUGUCUUUCUCUACCUCCUAUUUUACGCGGCGAAUCUACUUCCGACUGGAUUACGAUUCCUGACAGAAAAAUUUUCGAUUGGAUGAGAAAGGAAAACGAGUCGGAGGAGAAAAAAAUAAUCGAGAGAAAAUAUUUAUCGAAAAUGUUGGACAAUAUUCCCUGAUGCCGGUGUGAGUCUCUACGGCAGAAGGGAGGAGGCGCAGGCUCCCGCGGGGGGCGCGGGGGGUGGCGGUGGCGGUGGCGUCGCAGGCGGAGGGAGAGACGGUGGAGCGGACCGGAACCGGAAAUGGCUGCGAGGUGGCUCCUGCUGGCGCUCCUCGCCGCCCACGCCGCGGCUCUUCCUGAUAUCAUUAGGAUAGGUGGGCUGUUUCAUCCGUCGGACGACAAGCAAGAAGUGGCCUUUCGUUAUGCCGUGGAAAAGAUCAACGCCAACCGGGAUAUCCUGCCCAAGUCCCGUCUCAGCGCCCAGAUUGAGCAGAUAAAACCGCAGGACAGUUUCCACGCUUCGAAGCGAGUGUGCCAGUUGCUGCGAAGCGGGGUGGCGGCGAUUUUUGGGCCGCAGAGCGCGCACACCGCCUCCCACGUGCAAAGCAUUUGCGACACCAUGGAGAUUCCGCAUCUGGAGACACGUUGGGACUACCGGCUCAGACGGCAGAGCUGUCUCGUCAACCUCUACCCGCACCCCACCACCCUCUCCAAGGCGUACGUUGAUCUGGUGAAAGCCUGGGGCUGGAAGAGCUUUACCAUCAUCUACGAGAAUAACGAAGGGCUGGUGCGUUUGCAGGAGUUACUGAAGGCACACGGACCCAGCGAAUUUCCUAUUACGGUCAGGCAGCUCAGCGAGGGCUCUGAAUAUCGGCCGCUGCUGAAGCAGAUAAAGAACUCGGCCGAGUCGCACAUUGUACUGGAUUGCUCCACGGAGAGGAUUUACGACGUGUUGAAGCAGGCGCAGCAAAUAGGGAUGAUGAGCGACUAUCACAGCUACCUCAUCACCUCUCUGGAUCUACACAGCGUCGAUCUCGAGGAAUUCAAGCACGGCGGGACCAAUAUCACUGCCUUUCGAUUAGUGGACCCGGAGAAACAGGAUAUACAAAAAGUCGUGCAAGAUUGGAUCUACGGGGAGAAGCGUUAUAAUCGCGAGCUCGAUAUGGGGCAGAACUCCAACAAGAACAACCUCACCUGCAUAAAGACUGAAACAUCGUUAAUGUACGACGCUGUGCACCUAUUCGCGAAAGCGCUGCACGAUUUGGAUACGUCCCAGCAGAUCGACAUCAAGCCACUUUCCUGCGAGUCAACCGAUACCUGGCCUCACGGGUAUUCACUCAUCAAUUAUAUGAAAAUCGUUGAAAUGACAGGGUUGACAGGGACUAUCAAAUUCGAUCAUCAGGGAUUCCGCUCAGAUUUUAUCCUCGACAUCAUCGAGCUGAACAACAAAGAGGGGUUGAAGAAGAUAGGGACCUGGAACAGCACGAAGGGAAUAAAUUUUACGAGGAGUUACAAGGAGGAGUACACUCAAAUCGUGGAGAAUCUUCAAAACAAGACUUUUAUCGUAACGACUAUACUGAGCGCCCCAUACUGCAUGAGGAAAGUCUCGAGCAACAAGCUGGUCGGAAACGCACAGUUCGAGGGAUACAGCGUCGACUUGAUUUACGAGAUAUCGAAGAUCCUCGGCUUCAAUUACACGUUCCGGCUGGUGCCGGAUGAACGUUACGGGUCCUACAACAAAAAGACGAAAGAGUGGGACGGUAUGAUGAAAGAACUGUUGGAUCAGAAGGCGGAUCUAGCGAUCGCGGAUCUGACCAUCACGUACGAUCGGGAACAGGCGGUCGACUUCACCAUGCCGUUCAUGAAUCUGGGGAUCAGCAUAUUGUAUCGUAAGCCUAUAAAGCAGGCACCGAAUCUCUUCUCAUUCCUCAGCCCGCUCAGCCUCGAUGUUUGGAUUUAUAUGGCGACAGCUUAUCUAGGCGUAUCCGUGCUGCUCUUCAUAUUAGCCAGAUUCACCCCGUACGAGUGGUACAAUCCUCAUCCGUGCAACAAAAACCCGGACCAUCUGGAGAAUCGCUUCAAGCUGCUCAACUGCAUGUGGUUCACCAUCGGAUCCUUAAUGCGGCAGGGCUCUGACAUUCUGCCCAAGGCCGUGUCGACGCGGAUAGUGGCGGGUAUGUGGUGGUUCUUCACUUUGAUCAUGAUUUCUUCGUACACUGCCAACUUGGCCGCGUUCCUCACCGUCGAGAGGAUGGAUUCGCCGAUCGAGAGCGCCGAGGAUCUUGCAAAGCAGACGAAAAUCAAAUACGGAGCUCUCAAAGGAGGCAGCACCGCGGCCUUUUUCAGGGAUUCCAAUUUCUCGACGUACCAGCGCAUGUGGUCCUUCAUGGAUUCGGCAAAGCCGUCGGUAUUUACAACGAGCAACGUCGAGGGUAUGGAACGAGUGAUCAAGGGUAAAGGCAGUUACGCGUUCCUAAUGGAAUCCACCUCCAUCGAAUACGUAAUCGAGAGAAACUGUGAUCUUACCCAAAUCGGUGGCCUCUUGGACUCGAAGGGAUACGGGAUAGCCAUGCCCCCGAAUUCACCGUACAGAACGGCCAUAAGCGGAGCCAUACUGAAGCUGCAGGAAGAGGGGAAGUUACAUUUGCUGAAGACUCGGUGGUGGAAGGAGAAACGUGGCGGAGGAUCUUGUAGGGACGAUAUCUCGAAGAGCAGCUCGACGGCGAACGAGCUGGGAUUGGCGAACGUCGGCGGCGUGUUCGUGGUGCUGAUGGGCGGUAUGGGGAUCGCUUGCGUGAUCGCGGUAUGCGAGUUCGUCUGGAAAAGCCGGAAGGUCGCCAUCGAGGAACGGAGUCAUCCUUAUGGAAUGUUGAAGAAGUCGGCCGACACGAUGAUCGGAAAUGAUCGGUACGAGGGAUUCGGCAUCGAUGUUAUUCAAGAGUUGAGCAAAAUGUUGGGUUUCAAUUACACGUUCGAGGUGCAGACGGACAACGUGUACGGAUCGUAUUCUAAGAAGACGAAAAAAUGGUCGGGGAUGCUCGGGAAAAUAAUAGCCGGUGAGGCCGAUCUGGCGAUUACGGAUUUAACCAUUACGUCCGAGAGAGAAGGGGCUGUGGACUUCACGAUGCCUUUUAUGAAUUUAGGAAUAAGCAUUUUAUACAGAAAACCGACAAAGACACCGCCGAGUUUGUUCUCCUUUCUUUCUCCAUUUUCGGCCGGAGUUUGGUGGUAUUUGAUCGGAGCUUAUAUAUUUGUAUCCGUGGUGCUAUUCAUAAUCGGCAGGAUAUGCCCGGCUGAGUGGAACAAUCCGUAUCCUUGCAUCGAGGAGCCCGAAGUGCUCGAAAAUCAAUUCACAUUUAAGAAUUCCCUUUGGUUCACCAUUGGCAGUAUUAUGCAGCAAGGUUCCGAGAUUGCGCCCAUAGGAUUGUCGACAAGAAUGAUGGCCGCUUCCUGGUGGUUCUUCUGCCUCAUCAUGGUCUCAUCCUACACUGCCAACUUAGCCGCUUUCUUGACAGUGGAAACGGUGGUGUCACCAUUUUCCAACGUGGAAGAAUUAGCCAAAAAGCGGACUAUUAAAUACGGAGCCAAAGUGGGAGGAUCUACGUUCAUGUUCUUCAAAAAUUAUGCGCAUUCCAAGGAUUCCAACUACUCGACGUACAAGGAGAUGUACGAAUACAUGAUGGAGAACGCGGCGGACGUGCUGCCUUCCGACAAUGACGCCGGAUUGACAAAGGUGCUCAGAGAGGAUUACGCGUUUUUGAUGGAGUCGAGCUCGAUAGAAUACAUCGUUGAACGAUACUGCAACGUGACGCAGAUCGGUGGACUUCUCGAUGCCAAGGGUUAUGGAAUCGCUAUGAAGAAGCACUCGCCGUAUCGCCAUUCGUUGAACACUGCCGUGUUAAAGCUGCAGCAAAGCGGCCUGAUCACGGAACUGAAGAAGAAAUGGUGGACGCAGAAACGCGGGGGUGGAACAUGUCGAGAAGACGGUGGUCAGAGCCAAGCGGAGGAACUGGAUCUCGAUAAUGUGGGUGGUGUGUUCCUGGUAUUGACCGUAGGCGUUGCCGCCUCCUUCUUUUACACUAUAUGCGAAUUACUGUGGGAUGUUGGAUGCACGUCUCUACGUGAAAACGUUUCCUUCAAGGAGGAAUUGAUGGCCGAGGUGAAGUUCAUCAUAAAAUGCGACAAUUCGCCUAAACCUGUAAGAAGGAGAAAAGGAUCGUCGAAUCGAAGCGGGGAGGAUAGUACAAGGGAUUGCACACCACCGUAUGGAUUUAUACCAGUAAUUAGAACUUCUAGUUCCGAUGACAAAUAAAUUGAAAACGAUAUACUUAUCGAAGAAAAAUCAAUUUAUUAAAAAAAAAAAAAAAGAAGAAGAAGGAAAAGAAAAUGGAGAAAGUUUUUCAAUUCAAAA